AUGUGGCGGCGCGUGUACCUCCUGCUGCUCCUGGUGCGCCUUUGGUUCGCUCUCUCCCCGAGCUACCUGCACCCGGACGAGAACUUCCAAGGACCCGAGGUGAUAGCUGGACGCAUCUUCGGCUACCCCGUCCACCUUACCUGGGAGUUCACCUCCAAGCACCCCAUUCGCAGCUCGUUCCCGCUAUGGAUCUGUUAUGGCAUACCCAUGGCCGUAUUGCGCGGCAUUGGCGAAGGCAUCGCGGAGGAAGUGCCCCCAUAUGUUGUAUACUGGACGCUGCGUGUGAUGAUGUUCGUCAUGAGCUUCGUGCUUGAGGACUGGGCUAUUCUGGAGCUGGUGGCGCCGCAUCAGCGCAGCUCGGCUUCCAUGCUUGUCGCCUCAUCAUAUGUGACGUGGACCCUACAAACGCAUACUUUUUCGAACUCAUUGGAGACUCUCGUGCUCAUUUGGAGCCUGGUUUUGAUUGGGCGCAUACUGGAGGACAAGAAACGCUCCAGUCUGAACGCAACAGCCUUGUUAGGUUUCUUUGCCGUGGGCGGUUUCUUCAACAGGAUCACGUUCCCAGCAUACCUGAUAAUACCGUUGCUUCAACUCAUCCCACACUUCCACCGCAAACCGCUGUCCCUAAUCGCGCUCUUACUCUCGGCGACCGUCACAACUAUAGUAGCCAUAAUGUUUGAUACGGCCUUCUACCAUCCCGAAGGCCUGACCCUCACGAACCUGAUUCACCACCCCGUAAUCACGCCUCUCAACAACCUCCUCUACAAUUCCUCGGCGCACAAUCUUGCGCAGCACGGCCUUCAUCCUUAUUACCAACACAUCGUCGCCAACCUGCCGCAGCUGAUCGGCCCCGCCUUUCCGCUGCUCCUCUUCAGCUACCGCAAAAACCUACGCCUCGCUGCGGCACUCUCCGGCGUCGGCCUCCUCUCGAUCUUUCCCCACCAAGAGGCCCGCUUCCUGCUCCCGGCCGUGCCGCUGAUCCUCUCCUCCAUCCGCGUCCCCACGAACAAAAGGGUGCGGCGCGCAUGGAUGGCAACCUGGGUCGCCUUCAACGCAGCCAUGGGCCUGCUGAUGGGCGUCUACCAUCAGGGCGGCGUCGUGCCCGCGCAGAUCUGGAUCGCGCGCUCGGGCGAGCCGGCCGUCACGAGCGUGUACUGGUGGAAGACAUACAGCCCGCCGGUGUGGUUGCUCAACGGCAAGAACGAGCUCAUCGACACGGUGGACUUGAUGGGCAUGAAACCCGCGUCGAUGGUCGAGCGCGUCGCGAACGGCACCGCGUGCUCGAACGUCGAGUUGGAGCGGGGUGGCAGGGAAGGCGAGAGGGCAAUCACGUACCUCGUUGCGCCGAGGAGUGCGACGUUUCUGGAUGCGUUUUCAUCGCCGCUGCAGGAGACUGGGGGUGAGAAGCGCGCGUUUGAGCUUGAGGAGGUUUGGAGCUAUAAGCUUCAUCUGAAUCUCGACGAUAUGGAUUUCGGUGAUGACGGAGUAGUGCCGACACUGCAGCGGAUAGUAGGCAGGAGAGGCAUUGUGGUUUGGAAGGUCAAGAAGCAGUGCGGAAGUGAAAGUAUGUUGGAGCAGUGA